AUGCAUGUGGAAAAGAACGUAGGUGAGAGUUUAACAGGAACUGUUUUGAAUGUUCACGGGAAGACGAAAGAUGGUUAUAAAGCUCGAUUGGAUUUGGUUCAUUAUGGUUUGAAACCAGAGUUGCAUCCUCAGAUAGAAGGGAACAACACAACACUUCCCGCAGCAGGUUGUACAUUGACAAAAGAGGAAAAAGACAAAUUCUGUGAGACUUUAUACAACUUAAGGGUUCCUCAAGGGUAUUGUUCUAAUUUUUCUAGUUUGGUGAGUCUAAAGGAUAAGAAGUUGAUCGGACUAAAAUCACAUGACUAUCACAUGCUUAUGCAACAAUUUUUGCCCAUAUCAAUUCGAUCUAUUAUGCAUCCACCCACCGGAGUUGCUAUUACAAGGUUUUGUUUCUUUUUCAAAUCAAUAUGUAGCAAAGAAAUCAUAGUGGAUGAGCUCGAUAAGUUGCAAGAGGAGUUAUGUGUAACCUUAUGUCUUCUUGAGAAACACUUUCCACCAUCAUUUUUUGAUGUGAUGAUUCAUUUAACCGUUCAUCUCACUAGGGAAGUAAAAUUAUGCGGUCCAAUAUUCUUUAGAUGGAUGUACCCAUUCGAAAGGUAUAUGAAGGUUAUUAAGGGGCACAUGCGAAACAAAAAUAGACCAGAAGGAUGCAUUGCUGAAGAGAAUGUUGUAGAAGAGACAAUUGAGUUUUUUAGUCAAUUCCUUAAAAGGAUGGAUAUUGUUGGUAUUGCACCUGACAAUCAUAACAAUUGUGGAAUUCAUAAAGGUGUAGAUAGUAGUUCUAUUACGGACGAUACUCCUGUAUCAGCUGCUAAAUCGAUAGAAGUUUUUUCAGAACUAUUCAGCAAAGCACAUUUCUUUGUAUUGCAAAAUACAUCUGAAGUACUCCCAUAUAUCGAACGACACAUGGAAUUUUUGGAACAUAUACACCCUACUAAACGAAAGGAAGAGAGAGAGUUAGGGGCCUGUAGAGAAACUAUAACAGAGACAAUGAGAUGGAUUUCACAUGGACCCAAUAAGAACAUUAUUAAAUACGAUGUAUAUGCUAUUAAUGGAUAUACUUUUCAUACAAAAGCUCAUGAAGGUAAGGUUUACCAAAACAGUGGGGUUAAUGUUGUUGCAACUGGCACACACAUCAGUAAAGAAGUUGUAACAUAUGCCAAAAACACUUAUUAUGGUGUUUUACAAGAGAUAUGGGUACUAGAUUAUCAUUUUAAAAGAAUUGCAAUUUUCAUGUGUGACUGGGUUGACAAUAGAAAAGGGGUAAAAAGGGACAAAUUGGGGUACACACUAGUUGAACUAAAAAUAUUAGGCCAUAAAGGUGAUCCCUUCAUAUUGGCCUCUCAAGCACAACAAACACCUCCCAAAAAUUACAAAGAUACAUAUGAAGAUGUAGAUGAAGAAUUUAGUACUAUUGUUCCUCAUAAUGAUAACAUAUUGCCACAUGUAGACACACUUGACUUGCAGAAGGAAAAUGAUUAUUUUCGUAAUGAUUGUCACGAAGGGAAAGCCAAAACUUGA